AAGCCGUCCGUUCCAGCCGGUGAUUAGCAGAAUGACUGAUCCAAGCAGCAACACGGACUUUAUGGCUGGCUACUCCGGUAUCACCAGACCAAAUGUAGCUGGCAGUGGGUUACCUCAUCGGUCGGUGCUGAACUCUCCCCCUCCUCCAGGCAGACUGACGUCCCUGCGGUCCCGAGACCUGACUCUGGGCGGGUUCAAAAGAGUCCUGUCACAAGCAUUAAACAAAACAGUCAUGAUAUUCAGAUGUGACACAAUAGUAGAAAUUAAUACAUUUAUAUUUUUAUUACAGAAAACCUUCGUACCCAAUGUCCAUUCUCUGAGGAAGAGUAAAGAUGAGUUAAAGGAAGAGGCCCAUGUUGCACCAAAGAAAGACAGAAGAGUGAGGGAGGAGAGGCACAGGGAGAGAAGAGAGCGCCCCCCUCAGAUCAUUCAGUCCCACUCCAUCUUUGAACAGGGUCCUGCAGACACAGUAAAGAAACCAGGGGGGUGGAGAGGGACCGACCUUACAGACAGCAGAUCCUCUCAUGUAGCUAAGUGUUUUAAGAAGGAGAGACGUGCCUCAGAGGAUAAUGAUAUGUUACACAAGCUUCAACGGGAUGAUUUUUUGGAUGAUCCUGGUUUGAAAAAUGAUGCCAAGAACAAGCCAAUUCAACUGCCACUGUAUCAAUCUAGCAACUUCCUGAUAACAGAGGCAACAACUCCAUCAUUCAGAGCCCCUGCUACUACUAACCCAAACCUGCCCCUUCAGUAUGGAGCAGGACAUCAGUACGGACCAGGCCAGAUCCCUCAGUAUAGACCAGACCAGGGGGUGCUGAGCCCUGACCAGCCCUCUGUAGCAGAGCUCUUCCACCAGCUGAUGGUUUCAGAGACAGAAGAGUUGCUGUUCAUCCAGCUACCUGAUACUAUCCCUGGCCAGCCAACCACAGCCUCCGUCCCAAGCCAGCCAGCCACCGGCCAGCCAAUCACAGCCCCAGAAAGAAAUUGUAAAAAAGACUCCAAGUCCGACGGCAAGCGCACCUCUCACAUUAAAGCACCAGACACUGCUGGUAAAGACGUUCCUGUCCUGUCAGAGUUCACAGAGGGGUUUCUGGGUAAACUACAGAUCAGGAAGUCUGGCAAGGUGCAGCUGGUGCUGGGAGACAUCACUAUGGACGUCUCAGAGGGAGCUGCCUUCUCUUUCCUACAGCAACUGGUGUCUGUGCGUCUGUCUGAGGGCCUGACUGGAGACAUGAGUAUCCUGGGGAACGUCAAGCACAAGCUGGUCUGCUCUCCAGACUUCCAGGCUCUGCUACAGGAGCCAUCACCUGACCACUCAGCACAUCUCUAACUUAUAUUCACUUCACCUUUUUCAGCAUUAACUGUGUAGAUAUUGUAGUUUUAUUACACGAUGUGAGGAUGAACUGUGUAGAUAUUGUAGUUUUAUUACACAAUGUGAGGAAGAACUGUGUAGAUAUUGUAGUUUUAUUACACAAUGUGAGGAUGAACUGUAGAUAUUGUAGUUUUAUUACACAAUGUGAGGAUGAACUGUAGAUAUUGUAGUUUUAUUACACGAUGUGAGGAUUAACUGUGUAGAUAUUGUAGUUUUAUUACACAAUGUGAGGAUGAACUGUAGAUAUUGUAGUUUUAUUACACGAUGUGAGGAUUAACUGUGUAGACUUUGUACAUAGUUUACUUUCAUCAUACAGUGUUUAUGUACCUUGUCGAUUUCCUCCCAAUUUGUUUUCACUGUAUAAACAUUGUGUAUAAUAUGAAGUCUUUUUUUUAUGUACGUAAAUGUUUAUUUAAUAAAAAUGAGAUACAAAACAUGAGCGAAAA